ACAUGGGCACUGAGACGCGGAAGGAGGGGUUGCGCAUUGCGGGUGCUCCUUUUUGUGUCGUCUCGAGAUGUAUUUCCUCUCAUGUGUAGUCACGUGUUUAGCGGGCGAGGUUUCACAAGUUAGCGUAGUCCGACUCCACCCACAUCUACACGAGUAGAGAACCUCAGCCCCCGCGGAGUGUAUUAGACGGCACUAUUUACCACUACCAACUAUUAGUCGUAUUAGACGCGUGGAAUGACAUCAGUCGCACCGGACCCCAACGUCACCCGACAGUCGCACCGGACCCCAGCUUCACCCGACAGGUUUGAAUCAGGCGGAUUUGAGUUGGACUGCUUUCGACUCACUUUAAUUGUAAAACAAUGGCCACUGACGAGCUAAUCAUGGGCCCCCGGAGAGACGGCACCGCCCGACGAAACCUGUUCGGCCCACUCGACAGAGAGCAGCUGCAGGUGGAGUACCAAGCCGCCCUGCGGAGCGACCUGAAGGCCGCUACCCGUCGUUGGGGCUUCGACUUCGUCUCGGAUAAGCCACUGGAGAACAGUAAUUUCCAGUGGGAGGGCGUCCCGGGCACCAACGUGCCGCUGCUCUACAGAUCUUGUACGCAUGGAGGUCAGGGGGCAGUGGAGGCGCCGGCGGAGGACACGAAGGCGAGUGUCCGAUGUUCACCAGAGGGACGCGCACUCAGCCAGCAGAACCUGGAGGAAACACCAAGGAGAAGAGAGAACACAGGGCUGAAGAGGAAACAGACCAACAUCACAGAUUACUAUCAGUCCAAAAGGCGAGUGGUUGGGAUGCCACGCAAAUCCGGCGAGUGAUUUUUGGUGCAUUUAGCUGCAAAGGCGCUCACAGCCCCGCUGUCAGGAAGAACACUCUCUGCAGCGAAUCACCAGCAGGUCCUCCACACAGACAAUCUUCAACAAAAUAAAACACAAGGGACCUCGGCAAUUGUUGUAUCAUGCAACUAUACGGUUAAUUAGUGUUCUGUAUUUACUAACCGAGUGAGUUAGUGCUUUUUCCUUUUGAGUAGUGGACAUUUAACGGUAAUCUCUCAAAGUGGAUUAAUUCUGGUUUGGAUCACGGUGAUACGAAAGUGUUGCCAGGACAUCUCCCACUUUGCUGCUUCAUAGACUCUGUACCUGCAGCAGUAGUGGGAGUGAUGGAUGAACACAUUGCUGUAUGCAGUUGAAACAGAUUUCAAGUCGGUCAUAAUCAUUAUUACUGAGCAGCUGUGACAAAUCUGCAGAUUGAUGAAUAAUCGCAGCGACUGGAUGAAGCCCUUUGGCCUCUUCUGUUCAAAUCCACUAGUUAUUUAUUUUUUUAAUGUUUUUUUGUGAAUCAUCAUGGAUAAGAGUUAUUUUGUGUUACACUUAAUAUAUUUGAAUACACAGUCCACUUUUUUCUACUAUCAUGUAGUCAUAGAAGAAUGUUUGAAGAUUUCUGAUAUCCUGUACGUGCAGUUGCACGUGAUUGGUACACUUAAAAAUACUUGUAUCUGGAUUUAUUUAUAUACAAAUAUGUGUUUCAGGUAUGUAUCAAAAGAGUUUAAUACAGAACUAUGUAGUGUAAUCAGAAAAAAAAAAUCAAGUUUUGCACAUCUGAUAGCUGACAGCACCCAGUAUAAAGGUGCGGGAGGGUUAGUAGUCAACACCUCUCACCAUUCCACACAUUCUUGGUCAUCACCUUAUUCGGAGUCCGCCCGGGGUUGAAUGUAAAUGUGUACCGAAGCAAGCAAGGAUCGCUAAUUAGCACCACUGAGUUUUCCGUUGGCUCCUGCGGUCGCCCGCGCAUUCUUGGUGACCUGAUUUUUUCCCCCCCAAUGGCUGGUGGUGUAUUGACGCUGCGUUCGGGACCUAAGGGGCAUCCCUGCUCUAAGGUGCCUUAUUUGUUUGGGUAGUUGAGGCUUCUUAAAGGACAAUUGGAAGCAAAUUCAUAAUUUACUAAGCUAAAAUUUAUUAAGCUUUAUUCUUUUUGUUAAUAGGACGCAUAGUGCAAUUAUAAUAGACAGUAUGUAUUAUCUGCCUCUAAAAAAGUUUGUUUCUUGACAUGUUGGCUAUUCCCGCUGCUAUGGUUAAUCUGAAUGGGUGUCUUUAGAGCUAAUACUACCUUAGCAAAUCACAGUAUUACCCGAAACAAUAAAAGCACUUUUGGUCAGCAGAUGCUUGUUCACAGGACCUACAUAUUUAUGUUAAAUUACAAAUUGAGAUAUAUCCUUAUUUAUUGUGAGAUAUAAUGACUCGUGUUAAUUUUGUUUCAUUGUUAUGACACUCCAAAAUAAAAAAAUAAAAUGUCCAAAUGGCAAUUGUGAAUGUUUUGCUUUAUUUGUAGUCUGCUUAGAUUUAUCCUUCCAUUCAUUUAUAUCGUGUUUCGAUGUAUCAGCAACAUUGGUGAAAGUGUUCAUUCAUUCAUUCAUAUGCUCCUCACACUACGAUGUGAAUAAAUAUUUAACUAGCUGCUUCCCAGA